GACUGCCUUGCUCCACCCGUCAAUGACCAGGCGUCGGCGGCAGUACUAGCUAUGGACAAAGACGCUUACAACUUUGUGCGACUGUGCGAUGUGCACUUGCCGCUGACUGUGCGGAUCGCAUCACUGCAGGGGCGGACUCUGCCGCCGGAAGACCUCUAUCUCACAGUACGCCUUUUUGCCGACAACAAGCCGCUGACACCCGUCUACCAGACGGCAUAUCGUCCGGCCAGAAAACUGGAGUCUCGGUCGACGUCAAGCUCGAGGCCUUUCGAGGAGACGCUCGUCCUCCCCAUUCGUCUGGCUCAAUUGCCCCUCUCCGCUCAGCUUACUUUUACCGUGUGGAGAGCCCGGGAUCCUAGCAAUGCCAUUGGAGAAGAUGGGCAGAUUCACCUGGAGAGAGUAGUCGGAGGGACCACGAUGCGUUUGUUUGGCAAGAAAGGAACUCUGAAACGCGCCUCGCACCGCCUCUACCUUUGGCCUGACGUCGAGGGAGAUGGGAGCGCAGAGACAACUACUCCAUCGAAGAUUGCAGGAGGAAGCAAUCGCAAGAAGGAUGAGAUGGCGCGACUCGAAAAGCUCAUCAAGUUGCACGAGCGUUCGGAGCUGCCAAAGCUGCAGUGGCUCGACAAUAUGGCAUGGCGGCAGAUUGAAAAGGUGAACAACGAGGAGUCGCUAGACUCGACCGACAUGUACCUUUACGUCGACUUCCCGCGUUUCGAUGCGCCCAUCGUCUACUGUGAGCAGGAGAGCACGGUGACCACAACUUCUGCGUCUGCGGGCGAUGGAAUACAGGCGCCCGCUUCGACGAUCACGAGCGAAUCGCCGCAUACAGCUGCGACUGCUGCGAGUGGGCCAGGGGCAGUCGACGCCGGUGUUUUCACCAUCUUUGACGGAGACAUGGUCAUGGAACGAGAGAAUCCAGUCGAGGCAAAGCAUCGACGACUCGUGAGAAGCCACCGCAGCGGACCUCUGGACCGUGAAUUGAAACCAAAUGCUGGCGUUCGUGACGAGCUCAACGAAAUCCUGUCGUACCCUCCGACACGCACGUUGACGGCCUCCGAAUCCGACCUGCUGUGGUCAUUUAGAUUCUACCUGACUAGAAUCCCCUCUGGCCUCACAAAGUUCCUCAAGUCAGUCUCGUGGAACGACCAGGGCGAAGCCAAGCAGGCCACCGAGGUCCUCAUGCCAAUGUGGAGUGACAUUGGCAUGGACGAUGCCCUUGAGCUGCUGGGCCCUGGCUUCCGAGAUGCCCGGGUCAGAGCAUAUGCGGUCAGGAUGCUGGAGCGGGCUGACGAUGAUGAGCUCAUGUUGUACCUGCUCCAGCUGGUCCAGGCUCUCAAAUUCGACCGCGCAGCAGUUGCAACAGCGAUCUCCAGGCGCGACCUGUCCGAGACAACCAGCCCGAGCGCUUCUGCUGCCCAUCCUUCUCCGUCAGCAUCGUCAUCCGUCGAAGGUGCUCGAUUAGCCGAUUUCCUCACUGGCCGAGCUGUCAAGAAUCCCGUGCUAGCAAACAACCUUUACUGGUACCUCGUCGUCGAAUGCGAAGAUAGGCGAUUCGGCAAGAUGUAUAAGAGGGUCCUCAACCGCUUUCUGGACAGACUUGAAGAGACGACCGAAGGUAGCCAAGUGCGAGAGGUGUUACAGCGUCAGACCGAGAUGGUCAAAGUCCUUUCGAAUCGGGCAAAGGAGCUGCGCACGUCGAAGGAUGCUCGACCGAAAAAGAUUGACAAAUUGCGGGCAUUUCUUGGUGACACGAAAAACAACCUCCGCACCAUCGAUCCGCCCAUGCUGUUGCCGCUCGAUGCUCGGGUCAGCAUUGCAGGAAUCACUCCAGAGAAGAGCACCGUCUUCAAGAGCAACCUGUUUCCUUUGCUUUUGCACUUUGAAAAGGUUGACAGUGAGACUGCCUACCCCGUCAUCUUCAAGAAUGGCGACGAUAUGAGGCAGGACCAGCUCGUCAUCCAGCUCUUCACCCUCAUGGAUCGUCUACUUCGAAACGAGAAUUUGGACCUCUGCCUCACACCCUACAAAGUCCUUGCCACGGGACCUCUGGAGGGCAUGGCGCAAUACAUCGAGAGCAUCACCCUGGCUGCCGUCCUUGCCCAGCAUGGCGGCAGCUUGCUCAAUUUUCUCCGGUUUCAUCAUCCGGAUGAGUCUUCCACGUCGACCUUUGGCGUCAAUGGCGCCGUUUUUGAUACGUACAUCAGAAGCUGCGCUGGUUACUGCGUUGUCACAUACCUGUUGGGCGUCGGUGAUCGACAUCUUGACAACCUUCUUCUGGCCCCCGAUGGCCACUUCUUCCAUGUUGACUUUGGCUACAUCCUUGGUCGAGAUCCCAAACCUUUCUCGCCUCCAGUCAAGGUGGCAAAGGAAAUGGUGGAUGCCAUGGGAGGUUCGACUUCGCCGCACUAUACCCGCUUCAAGAAGCUAUGCCACACGGCAUUUACGAGCUUGCGAAAGAAUUCAAACCUCAUCUUGAACCUCAUCGCCCUGAUGGUCGACGCCAAUGUACCCGAUAUCCGCUUCGAGCCCGAUAAGGCCGUGCUCAAGGUACAAGAAAGGUUCAGGCUGGACUUGAGCGAAGAAGACGCGAUGGCGAUGCUCGAGGAGCUGCUGAACAACCCCUCGUACAUCACCAUUGUCUUUGACAGGCUUCACGAUGCUGCUCAGUACUUUAGAAGCUAGCCAUCAGGGAUCGAUUCUUUGCUUGUAGCUCCUGUACAGUCACGCCCCCCUGUAAUGAAUAACACCAUCAGCACAAGUCGAGCCGCUGUGGGUUCGUCGCGUCACUCCG